AACCUGCACCAUUUUUUAUAUACGGGAGUAGGCUUCAUAUGUGUUCCUUGUUAAAACCCAGGUAUCGUAAACUGUCUGCCGCCCUUUCAAAUGGAAAAUCGCCAUCCCAUCUCUGUAUAUCCACGCGGCUCUCUUCAAUGACAGACGUUAACUGAGCCACAGCGGCAAUCGCAUCUGCGCGGUCACCGGGAUUGUCCCUCAAAAGUUCUUCCUUGGAGCUUUGGAUUGCUUGGGCAAUAUCUGCAUCGAUAACCGCCAACAUGGCUUCCAGCUCACUAUCUUCGUCCCACCUAUGGCCGAUUGUCGCUCGGAUAACUUCAGCAAAUUUCUGGAGGCUUAUGAUACCCAUCCCUGCCCCGUACAAUGAACGUGUGGCCGAGAGAGUGUCCUGCAAUGCAGGGCCCGGGAUGGAGUAUCCAUUCUCCAAUGUCACAAACAGACCCUUCGAUGCGACUGGUACCUUAGCAUAUGUUUGCUGUAGUCUCUUCCUUGCGGAUUCGAUAAAGGAGGCGGAGGUGCUAGGCGGAGAUGUGGCCAAUGUUGAUCGCACGAUUGCUCGCAGGCUGUUGUGGUUGCGCUAGGAAUGUGUCGAGCAUAAGAUUGCUGUGCGAGCAUCGGUGGGUCGGGGCGAAUCCAUAACGGUUCCGGGCAUGGUGAGAAUGGAUAAGUAGAACUAGGUUUCAGC